GCACAGUUAACCGCCGGGAAGAAGCAGCCACGGGAGCAGAGAAUAAGGGGCAGGGACCAGAUCUCUCCAAGCCUUUUAGCCCUGCACUUAGUUCUUUUAUUUCUUGUUAUUACUUUUUUUUUGUUAACUAAUUACUUUCUACUUUUACACUGAAAUCUCCGUUGCGCAAAAUGAAGGGUAGCCCACUCGCAGGGUUACUGCUUGCGCUGUGCGUAAGCAGCGUAGUUCACGGCUUGCCAAAGAAGACCAAAAGACAAACUGGCCAGUAUCAGGUGUAUCCUGAGCUUCAUGACACAGCGGCUAUUAAUCCAGUCGGCUGUGAGGAAAACGGUCGCUCUUACAGACCGAACGAACAGUGGGAGAAACCUUACCGCGGUAGCACAUUGGUGUGCACCUGCACGGGAGGAGACGUGAAGUGUAAAACUAAGCCUGAAGUGGAGGAGGCCUGUCAUGACAAGCACAAUGACCGGACCUAUGAGGUCGGGGAAACCUAUGAGAAAUUACACGAGAGAAUGAUUUGGGACUGCACCUGCAUUAGUUCCGGCAAGAUCAGCUGCACAAUAGCACAUCGAUGCCAUGAUGGUGGGAGGUCUUAUAAAAUCGGGGACACUUGGCAGAGGCCUCAUGACACUGGUGCCUACAUGCUGGAGUGUGUGUGUCUUGGAAAUGGUAAAGGAGAGUGGACAUGCAAACCUUUGGGUGAACAUUGUUAUGACAGUGGCGCAGCUGCAGCGUAUGCUGUGGGAGACACCUGGGAGAAGCCAUACCAAGGCUGGAUGAUGCUGGACUGCACCUGUAUGGGACAGGGGAAUGGACGCAUCAUGUGCAGCUCAAGAAACCGCUGCAACGACAAGGACACUAGGAGGUCCUACCGUAUCGGAGAUACGUGGACAAGGACUGACACAAGUGGACAUAUCCUGCAGUGUGUGUGCUUAGGAAACGGCCGUGGUGAAUCAAAGUGUGAAAGACACAGCUCAGGAAGAACUAGAGUUGUUUUGACCCCAGUCCGGGAGCUUGAACUCCCUGAUGAGCUCCCUGCUGAGAGAACCUGUCGCACAGAUUCUGGAGCUUUUUACUACGAUGGACAACGCUGGAUCAGAAACCAGGGCAGCAAACAGAUGCUCUGUACCUGUUUGGGCAAUGGCGUCAGCUGUCAGGAAUGGGAGGCCAGGAACCAGGUGUACGGUGGUAACUCUGACGGCCAGCCCUGUGCAUUCCCUUUUGUCUUCAUGGGGAAGACCUACUAUUCUUGCACCUCAGAUGGACGUACAGAUGGGCAGCUGUGGUGCUCUACAUCCUCAGACUAUCAAAGAGACCAGCAGUACUCUUUCUGUACUGAAAAGAAUGCAAUUGUGGCAACACGGGGUGGGAACUCCAACGGCGCCCUGUGUCACUUCCCCUUCCUCUACAGUGGUCGUAACUACACCGACUGCACCACUGAUGGGCGCCGUGAUGGCAUGAGGUGGUGUGGUACCACCUACGACUAUGAUUCAGAACAACGUUUUGGCUUUUGCCCCAUGGCUGCUCAUGAAGAGGUAUGUACCACCAAUGAUGGAGUGAUGCACCGUGUAGGUGACAAGUGGGACAAACGCCAUGAUGUUUUGGGUCACAUGAUGCAGUGCACAUGCCAGGGAAAUGGCCGUGGGGAGUGGAACUGUAUUGCUUACUCACGGCUGCGAGAUCAGUGUAUCGUUGAUGGUGUGACCUAUGAAGUAAACCAGGAAUUCUCCAAGCGCCACGAUCAAGGCUACAUGAUGAACUGCACCUGCUUCGGACAUGGACGUGGAUACUGGAAGUGUGACGCUAUCGAUCAGUGUCAAGAACCACAAACCAGGACCUUCUAUCAGAUUGGAGAGACAUGGGACAAAGCCAUCCAUGGCAUCCGCUACCGCUGUUAUUGUUACGGCAAUGGGAUUGGAGAAAUGAGAUGUGAGCCUCAGCAGACUUCCCAAGAUGGCCACAGGCCUCUCCAGGUGAUCAUCACAGAGGCUGGAAAACAACCAAACUCUCGCCCUAUUCAGUGGAACGCCCCAUCAUCUGUUCACAUCACCCAGUACAUCCUCAAAUGGAGAGUUAAAAAUUCUCGUGCUCCCUGGAAGGAGGUCACCAUCCCCGGCCACAUCAGCUCCUAUACCAUUAGUGGACUGCGUCCAGGCAUCACCUAUGAGGGUCAGCUCAUCAGCAUUCAGAACUACGGACACCGCGAGGUCACGCGCUUCGAUUUCACUACUAACCUUGGCUCCUUGGAAACAUAUGAGGGAGAGACAACCGCACCUCCUCCUGUGGUGGACACCUCUGAGUCUGUGACAGAAAUCACCUCAAACAGCUUUGUUGUGUCCUGGACAUCAGCUUCUACAACCAUCUCUGGCUUCAGGGUGGAGUAUGAACUCAGUGAGGAAGGGUCCAAGCCAAAAGUUCUGGAUGUUCCUCGCACAUCCACCUCUGUCACCAUCAGUAAUCUCCUGCCAGGACGCAGAUACAACGUCAGUGUCUUUGAAGUCUCAAAUGAGGGGCAGCCAAACAUCAUCCUCACUACCUCACAGACUACAGCUCCUGAUGCACCUACUAGACAUGCUGUCAGUGAAGUGGGAGAAACCUCCAUCCAAAUCAGCUGGUCAAGACCUCAGGCUCCUAUUACUGGCUACCGUGUGGUCUACACACCAUCAGUGGAAGGCAGCAGCACAGAGCUGACCCUGCCUGAGUCAGAUACGUCAGUGACCCUGGUUGACCUUCGCCCCGGUCUGCUUUACAACAUCAGCAUCUACGCAGUGGAGGAGGACCAGGAGAGUGAGCCUGUUUUUAUACAGGUUAACACUGCUGGAUCUCCUCAGCAAGAGGAGGUCAAAGCCCCCACAGAACUGCAGUUCUAUGAGGUUUCAGAUACGAAGGUCACAAUCACCUGGACUGGUCCACCCAACGAGGUGUCAGGAUACAGAGUCGCCUUCUCCCCAGUUGGCUCGGAUGGUUCUGACCUGAGGCUCCUGGCGCUGCCUGUCUCAACCAGUGCAUACGCUGACAUCACCCACUUACAGCCAGGCACACUCUACCGCUUCUACGUCUAUGCCAUCAGUGGUGAAGUGGAGAGUGAGCCACUUACGGGAGAAAAAGCUACCAAACCUGAUGCGCCCACCAAUGUGCGCUUUACUGACAUCGGUCCUGAGAGCGCAGUUGUAAUCUGGGAGGCUCCCCGUGCUGUUGUCAGUGGCUUCCGCCUUUUCCUGAGCAUCGAAGGCUCGAGCCCCAUUGAGAAGAGGAUCCCAAGUAGGGUCACCCAGUACCCUUUGAGGAAUUUACGUCCAGACACAGAGUACACUGCCAUCCUGCACUCUGAGCUUGACAACGAGCUCAGCGAGGGUGUCACUACAUAUUUUACCACCGCUCCCCAGAUGGGAAAUGCUCCUGCUUUCAGCACUGAAGUUACUGAUACCUCAAUCAUUGUCACCUGGAUACCUGUCCGCAGGUUCAGCUACAAGCUGUCCGUACUCCCCAGCGAGGAAGGGGAGUCUCCUAGAGAAGAGACCUCAUCCUCUGGACGUGUUUACAUUGAUAAUCUGAUUCCAGGAACCCAGUACACCUACAGCGUUCAGCCCAUCUACAAUGGACACAGCCGCGGAAACCCCAUCACCCGCAAUGUUGUCACUUCUCUGUCUCCUCCCACUGACCUCAGAGUUGAGUCCAACCCGAACACAGGAGAUCUCACAGCCUACUGGGUAGCCUCCAAAACACCAGGCAUUACAGGCUACAGAGUAACAAGCGUACCAACCAACGGCCAGAGAGGAUACUCUCUUGAAGAGAUUGUUUCCGUUACUCAGCACUCAGUCACCCUAGAGCACUUGAGUCUGGGUAUGGAGUACAACAUAAGUGUGUUUGCUACCAAGGGCCAAGUGGAAAGUGUUCCUGUGUCCACUAUUGUCACCACAGAAAUCCCCACCCCAAGUCACAUUGACUUUGUCGACAUUACUGACACCACCAUUGGCCUGCGCUGGAUCCCUCUGAACUAUACUACCAUUACUGGUUACCGGAUAGUGGUAGUAACUUCAGGCGAGAGCUUGCCAAUUUUUCAAGAUAUGGUGGAAGCAUCUGCUGGUUAUUACACGAUUCGUGGUUUGGAGCCAGGCGUGGACUAUGACAUCAGUAUCUUCACUGUUACAGAAGAGGGAGACAGCGAACCGGCCACACACACAAAGCAAACGCAUGCUGCCAUUCCAGCUCCCACCAACCUACAGUUUGGAGGAGUGGGCCCUGACCACAUCAGGGUGACAUGGACAGUCCCCAGAGUUGCCACACCAAACGACAUCUCUCGGUUUGUUAUCCGUUACCACCCUGUAGCUACUGAUGAUGACAUCAAGGAGGUUAAUGUUGGAGGAGCCACAAACACCUAUUUGCUGCAGAACCUCCUACCCAGCACCAACUACCGAAUCAGUGUGGUGUGUGUGUAUGGUGAACGAGAAAGUAAACCAGCCACAGGAACUCAAAAAACAACUCUGGAUUCUCCAACUGGCUUGGACUUCUCCGACAUUCGGACUGACUCCUUCACAAUUCACUGGCUAGCUCCAGUGGCAAGAAUUACCGGCUACCGAAUCCGCUAUCAGAAGACAAGCGGUGGGCAUGCCAAGGAUGAGAGGCUUCCCCCAACCAGAACCCACUACACUCUGACUGGAUUGUCACCUGAAACAGAGUACAUGGUAUAUGUGUAUGCUGUGAGCAACAAUCAGGAAAGUCAGCCUCUGACUGGCACACAAGCAACAAUCUCUGAUGCGCCCACUGACCUAGAGGUAGUAUCAUCUUCCCCAACCAGCAUCAGUAUACGCUGGGAUGCUCCCUCUGUCUCAGUGAGGAACUACAGGAUCACCUAUGGAGGAACAAGUGGUGAAACUCCUCAGGAGUUUACAGUGCCAGGCACUCAGACCACUGCCACCAUCACUGGACUGAAUCCCGGCACUGACUACACCAUCACAGUCUAUGCCAUUAAUGGACGAGGAGAUAACCCCGCCUCCAGUAUCCCCAUCUACAUAACACACAAGACUGAUAUCGAGGCCCCCACUGACAUGAGACUGACUGAUAUAAGUGACAAUGCCAUCACAGUACGCUGGUCUCCUGCUCGGGGACCUGUCAGAGGCUACAGAGUCACAAGUACUCCCAAAAAUGGCUUGGGACCCUCCUACUCUGAGGUGUUGGCUCCUGAUCAGACCGAGGUGACAUUCACGGGUCUGAUGCCUACUGCUGAGUAUCUUGUGAGUGUUUAUGCCCUGGGCAGUGAUGGACAGCCAUCUUCCCCUGUGGUGGAGAAUGCAAUCACUGCUAUGGACCGUCCGAAGGAACUUACCUUCUCAGACAUCGACUCCACCUCUAUGCGCAUCUCUUGGGACGGCCCAGACGGUGCAGUAACAUCAUACCGCGUCUUGUACACCAGUACAGAGGAAGGUGAGAGAGAGCUGCAUCCAGCACCCAGAGGUGACCAGGACAGUGUGGUGCUGAGAAACCUGCGCCCCGGAACAGAGUACACUGUUAAGGUCAUUGCCUUGCAUGACCGAACACCCAGCUCACCAUUGGUGGGAACUCAAGCCACAGUAAUCCCUGCUCCGACCAACCUAGCGAUCUCAGAGGUCAGUCCUACUUCUUUCACUGCAUCAUGGCAAGCUCCAAAUGCGCGCCUGACCGGCUAUCGCGUGGUUGUGAGCCCCAAGAACAUCAACAGCCCCCACAAAGAAAUGAAUGUUGCUCCGGACACCACCCGUGUUGUCGUGCCAGGGCUCAUGGUAGCAACCACAUACCAGGUGCAGGUUUAUGCCCUGAAGAACUCUGUCACAAGCAGACCAGCUGUGGCAGAAACCACCACACAGCAAGCUGUGAGUCCUCCUCGCCGUGUGCGUAUCUCAGAUGUAACAGAUACUUCUUUCACACUGUCCUGGCGUUCCAAGUCUGAACCUAUCACUGGUUACUUUAUUGAAGCCAAUCCCAACAGUAGAUCAUAUCCCACCAUCACCAGAACCAUCUCAGGAGAAGCAUUCACCUACACUCUCACCGGUUUGCAGCCCAGCACCAUGUACACUGUUAACCUGUACACUCUAAAUGGCAACACAAGGAGCAUCCCAUAUCCUCUCACAGUUCGAACAGCUGCCCCAGUGGUCCAAGCUCCCACCAGACUGCAGUUUACGUCUGUGACCCCCACGUCUAUCUCCUUCACCUGGCAGCCACCUGCCACACACAUCACAGGAUACUACGUCACCUAUGGAGAGUCAGGAGAAAACCCACAGGAGCUCAUCCCAAGACCCCAUGCUGGCCAAAACUACGCCACCAUAAAUGACCUGAUACCAGCCACAGAGUACAUUAUCAAGAUCAUCGCUAUCCAAAAUACUCAGAGGAGCACACCUCUGGUGGGCAGGGUCAGGACUCAACCAGAUCCCUUGCUUCCCUUGCCUCUGCCUCAGCCUCACCGCCCUGGAGGUGACAGGCUGGAUGUGCCUGAAUCUGAUCUGGACAACAGAGUCCAGUUAGUGGGCCCCAAUAGCCAGGAUGGGUUUGGUGAUCAGAGCCAGCAUGUGGAGUACACAGAGUACAACAACUAUGGAGACAACAGAUAUAAUCAGAAUCCACUGUUUCGCUAUGGGCAAGUUCGUGAGCCCCUGGUGUUUGUGCCCCUUCCUGAUGCAGAGGGCCGCAGACAUCCCAUUGUGAAGCUAAACAUGCCUAUUGGACCCAUACUCUUUAACGAGACAAAUGUGCCACUGGAGGCCCAAACUCAGACCACCAUCUCCUGGAAGCCUUACAGCCAGAGCAACGCCUACCUGGUGUCCUGCCAUCCCAUCACACGGCUAAAUGAGAAGAUGUUCCAGGCCCGCCUACCAGGCACAGCCACUACUGCUACCCUGAUAGGACUUACUCCUGGAGCGGACUAUAAUGUUAUUGUGGAGGCACUGCUGGGGGCCCUCAAACACAAGAUUCUGGAGCAGACCGUCACUGCUGGAAACACAAUUUCAGAGGGAGUUCCCUCCACUAAAGACAUGUGCUACGAUGCCUUUACUGCCACCUAUCAUGAUGUUGGUGCUGAAUGGGAACGGAUGUCUGAGACAGGCUUCAAGCUGUGGUGCAGAUGUCUGGGCCUGGGCAGUGGCCACUUCAGAUGUGAUUCAUCUAAGUGGUGCCACGACAAUGGCAAUAACUACCGCAUCGGAGAGAAAUGGGACCGUCGCGGAGAGAACGGACACUUAUUGAGCUGCACUUGUUUGGGAAAUGGCAAAGGAGAGUUCAAGUGUGAACCACAUGAAUCCAUGUGCUAUGAUGAUGGCAAAACCUACCAGGUAGGCAACCAGUGGCAAAAGGAGUACCUGGGUGCUAUCUGUACCUGCACAUGCUUUGGAGGACAACAGGGCUGGCGAUGUGAGAACUGCCACAAACCAGGUGCUGAUAUCGAUGCCGGUUUGCUGCAGCCUGUAAGAUAUGGAGACAAUACAUUGCGCAAGAACAUUCACUGCCCCAUCGAGUGCCUUCGACCAGACCUGCUGGCAGAUGCACACGUUCCUCACAAUCCUCGGGAAUAAUGAGCUUGCCAUCUGCUUUUCUCCCUCACCGUCCAGUUGCUGCACUGUCUCGCCUUGUAGAAGCCACGCUGUCUGUCAUGAACUGAAAUGAACUAACUGCCUUAUCACAUUGCUGACACACUGCCCUGCUCCCUGAUCAUUUAUCUUCACUGAGUCUAUUCACUGUCGACUGCCGGGUCUCUAAAUUUGUGAUGUAUUGGAAAAAGAAAACCCUUACAUCUUUAGAGCAUGUCCAAUCAGAUUUAUAUAUAUAUAUCAGUCAAAUUGCAGUCAGAUUCUAACCAAAACCCAGAAACUGUCAGAAAGAAAGCACUGUCUUAAAGAAUGGUGAUGUAGUUAUUACUAAUGUAGCUGAAAUUAUCCUCAAAAAUGUGCUUUUUUUUUUCUGUAGCCCCUCUUCCAUUACUGAGGGGUCGCACUGCGUGUGACUGACACAUCACAUUCUUAAGUUUUACUAAUUUAUCCCUCUGAUCUCAUCGUGUGAAUGUGUUGAACAAGGAUGUGAGAAUGUGAACUGUUCUAUUUUUGUACUUUGUGCCAAAGUUGUUUCUACCUAUGACAAAUAGAAGUCCCUUAUUUGAAUAAAGAUGGAGAGAUCCUCAAACAUUA